UUCCCAAGUUAAGUUAUUAUUAUCCACUUUCUUAUCGUCUCACCGAACCGGAAAAGAAAUGCUAGCGAAAUUACCGCCGGCGAUAAGCUUCGAGUUCCGCCGGACCGAAGCUCUCCGCCGCCCCUCUCUCUCCUUCACCACCACCUGCAAAAACCACAACAAUGAUAACGCUACCAGUUACACACCGAAAUGGAGAAGAAAGUGUAGUGAUAGUGGCGGAGGUGGUUCUAGGGUUUCAAUUGUGGCGAGAGCUGCUUAUACGCGAAGAAAAUUGGAGACUGCGGGAGCGUACGAGCUUAUCGACGACGAGACUGGCGAAAAGGUUAUUGUAUGGGGAGAUGAGAAAGAUGAUGAUGACGUGGACGAUUCUGGUGUUUCGAAAGAUGUGCUGAAGUGGAAGCCGGAGAAGAAGAUUAGUGUGAGUGCGAGUAGGCGUAGUGGUUCGGAUUCUGAAAGUAGAGCAGGAAAUAAAAGUUUAGCAGGAAAUUUUGGAAGAUUGAAAGUCCAGAAAGUAAGAAAGCUUGCGAGAGCAACUUCCUCAUCGCAGCAGACGGUUAGAGGACGUGAGUAUGUUGAUAAAGCCUCUAAAGGUACUUUUUCUGAUACCUCGGCUGAUUCACCUGAUGAGAAUGAGAAGUUAGCUGUACGGAGAAAUUUUGAUGCUCUCAGAGAUAAGUUGAAUGUUACAAGAGCUGGUCGAUCACAGGAUAAGCAAGAUACAACGCAAAGAAAGGCCAUGACAAGAGAAGACAUGGAGGAUUAUGAGGAUGUUGAUGAAGAUGAAGUUGACGAAGUACCUAAGCAUCAGACUAGAUCCCCAAAAUACCAGAGGACUGAUUCUAGAGCUUCUGAUACAAGAACCUCUGCUUCUUCAUUUCGAGGGUGGAGCCGUGGUGUGCCCAUGGAGGAUGAAUAUGAAUAUAGGCCAACAGUUUAUCCAAAGAAAGGGAAGAAGGGAAAUGCUGAUAGCGAUUUUUUUAGCAGAAAGUCCUUUAAAGAUAUGGGCUGUACUGAAUAUAUGAUGGAAGCUCUGAAGAGUCGGCUAUUUAACCGCCCUUCACAUAUUCAGGCUAUGGCAUUUGCACCUGUUUUUGAAAAAAAGAGCUGCAUUAUUGCUGAUCAAAGUGGAUCUGGGAAAACUCUGGCAUAUCUCUUACCAGUAAUUCAACGCAUUAGGCAAGAAGAGCUUGAAGGAAUUGGAAAAUCCUUACCACAAAAUCCACGAGUAGUCAUACUAGUACCGACAGCCGAGUUGGCUUCUCAGGUCUUAACUAACUGUCGUUUGAUGUCAAAGUUUGGUGUCCCAUUCCGAUCUAUGGUUGCCACAGGAGGUUUUAAACAGAAAACGCAGCUGGAAAGUCUCCGUCAGGAGUUAGAUGUUCUAAUAGUAACACCUGGUCGACUCACUUAUUUAGUCAAAGAAGGCUUCUUGCAGUUGACUAAUCUAACAUGCACUGUAUUAGAUGAGGUAGACAUACUCUAUAGUCAUGAAGAUUUCGAGCCAGCAUUGCAAAUAUUAAUGAACUCUUCGCCUUAUACCACACAAUACCUCUUUGUUACUGCGACUUUACCAGUGAACAUAUACAACAAGCUAGUUGAAGUAUUUCCAGAUUGUGAAGUUAUUAUGGGGCCUGGUAUGCACAGGACAAGCCCUGGGCUUGAGGAGAUCCUGGUGGAUUGCAGUGGGGAUGAUGGAGCAGAAAAAACUCCAGAAACAGCAUUUCUGAACAAAAAAACUGCUCUGCUGCGACUUGUGGCGGAAAGGCAAGUUGCCAAGACAAUAAUUUUCUGUAACAAGAUUGAGACAUGCAGAAAAGUCGAGAAUGCAUUACAACGGUUUGAUAGAAAUGAAUAUCGAGUGAGAGCUCUACCUUUUCAUGCGGCUUUGGCACAAGAAACCAGACUUGCAAAUAUGGAGGAGUUCCGCAGCUCUCAGCGGAAAGACAGCCUGUUUUUGGUGUGCACUGACAGAGCAUCACGUGGAAUUGACUUUACUGGUGUGAAUCAUGUCAUACUCUUUGAUUUCCCUCGUGACCCAAGUGAAUAUGUGCGUCGAGUUGGAAGAACUGCCAGAGGUGCUGGGGGUGUUGGAAAAGCCUUUGUUUUUGUGGUCGGGAAACAAGUGUCUCUAGCAAGGCGGAUAAUUGAGAGAAACUUGAAAGGCCAUCCGCUGCAUGAUGUGCCAUCCUCGUAUGAACAAAUGAGAUAAGAAAACUCUUGUAAUUUACUCUUAAGAUUAAAUUAAGAUGUGCCUUUUUUUUUGUUUUUGUGGGCGGGAACGAUGUGCCUGUUUUUGUAUGAAUGUAGAAAAAAAGUAAUGGGGCGCCCAAUUAUAUACAAUGUAUUAUUUACAUUUACUCUUGUAAUUUCUUCUUUAGAUUAUUGUGGGAAAUUAUAAAGUAUGAAUUUUGCA